AUGCGCGGGCUGCGGACGUUGCGCGCGGCGGGGCCGGCGGCGGCCGCCUGGUGCCUGCUGCUGCUGCAGGCGCACGCCUACUUCGGGUCAGCCCGCCUGGCCGCUCCGGGGGCGCGUCGCGGCGCGGGGGGCCCCGGCCAGACGGCUGGGCUCAAGGGGGGGGGGGAUCGACGGCGGGGCUUCGGCGCCACCCAGCCCGCCCGCCCGUCCGUCCCUGGGCCGGGCUCGACGGCGGGGCUUCGGCGUCGGCUGACCAGGAAGGAGGCGUUAAUUCAGUUUCCUCUGCUGGGGCCCUCCACAAACCCUGCUCACGGGAAGGCUCACUUGAAGCAAUGCGACUUACUCAGGCUGUCCCGUAAGCAGAAAAGACUCUGCCGGCGGGAGCCGGGGCUGGCUGAGACGCUGCGGGAUGCCGUCCGACUCGGGAUUGUUGAGUGUCAGUAUCAGUUCCGCAACGAGCGCUGGAACUGUAGCCUGGAUGGGCGGACGCACCUCCUGAAUGAAGGUUUUAAAGAAACGGCCUUUCUCUAUGCGGUGUCUUCGGCAGCACUGACCCACUCCCUGGCUCGGGCGUGCAGCGCGGGGCGAAUGGAGCGCUGUACGUGUGACGACUCUCCAGAUUUGGAGAACCGCAAGGCAUGGCAGUGGGGAGUGUGUGGAGACAACCUCAAGUUCAGCAUUAGGUUUCUGAAGAACUUCCUGGGCCAAAAGAAGGUCGGGAAAGACCUGCAGGCCAAAGUGGAUAUGCACAACACCAACAUGGGCAUCAAGGCUGUGAAAAACGGUCUGAAAACCACCUGCAAGUGCCACGGGGUUUCUGGCUCAUGCGCGGUGAGAACCUGCUGGAAACAGCUGUCCCCAUUCCACGAGACAGGGAGGCUCCUCAAGUUGCGCUACGACCACGCCGUCAAGGUUGUCAGCACCUCCAACGAUGCCGUGGGCCACUCGGAACUGGCGAGCCCCCAGCGCCGUGGCCGCUUGUCCAAAGGACCCUCUGCUCUCCGCCCCACUGACCUGGUUUACAUGGAGGACUCCCCACCCUUCUGUGUGCCCAGCAAGUUUUCGAUGGGCACCACUGGAAGGACAUGUUCCCGCGAGGUCAACUGUGACAGCAUGUGCUGUGGCCGGGGGUACAACACCCAGACCCGCAUGGUCACCUUCGCCUGCCACUGCCAGGUGCAGUGGUGCUGCUAUGUGGAAUGUCAGCAGUGCAUGCAAGAGGAGGUGGUUUACACCUGCAAGUAG